GUAGACGGUGAGCUUAUAAAUGACAAGGUGACAGGCUUUCCUCUCCUACAUUCAUUGACUGCUGCUGUGAGCGAGAGCUGAUUAUACCGGACCCUCCGAAAGCCGUAACCAACCGCUUCCAGCCAUGUACGCCUGCGCCAAGUUCGUCACUUCUCCAGCUGUGCUGCGUGGGGGGUCCAGAAUCCUCGCCCGGCCGGUCUCAGUCUCCCUCUUCAACAGACCUGAAGCCUCAGUGGCGCAGCAGGCCGUUUUGCCCGUCAGCCAGUCUGCAGUCCUGAGCCGCUCCUUCCAGACCAGCGCCGUCUCCCGGGACAUCGACACCGCCGCCAAGUUCAUUGGUGCCGGUGCCGCCACAGUGGGUGUGGCCGGCUCAGGAGCUGGAAUUGGAACAGUGUUCGGCAGCCUCAUCAUUGGCUACGCAAGGAACCCCUCCCUGAAGCAGCAGCUCUUCUCCUACGCCAUCCUGGGAUUCGCCCUGUCUGAGGCUAUGGGUCUCUUCUGUCUGAUGGUGGCGUUCCUUAUCCUCUUCGCCAUGUAAACAUGGAACCACACCCACAGAGCUGCCCCCUUCACCUUCCCCUCCUUCCCUGUCUCCUGUCCUCGCGUCCUUCCAUCCGGAGGGGGGUUUCCAGAACAGGAAAUCUGAAUGAGCUGAUGGGCCAUUCCAAUCUGAAAAAUAUAAAAGAAAACAGACUCAUCUGAAGUUAACACCUGCAACCCUACAUUUUUAUGUUCCUAUGCUUAUUUUUGUUUUUCAACAGUUUUAUGUAAAACCUCACUUCAGUUGAAAUAAUCUGUCCAAAAUAAAUGGUUGGGAUAACUAAAGAA